AUGGAGAAAGGUAGGAUCCAUUUCUUCUACCCGACGUCUCUGAAGUGGGAGAAUCUCCAGGAGAUUAUCUACGGACCCAUCAUACUGAUCACUAAGAUCUCAAUCUUGCUGCUGUAUUCGAAGCUCUUUGCUCCAUCACGAAAGAGUGCAACCUAUAUCAACAUACAGCUGCUUCUCUACCUGUGCAUUCUUUUCUACACUGCCAUCACGCUGGCCAAAAUAUUCCAAUGUACACCAAGAAUCAAGAUCUGGCAUCCGACCUUACCUGGCCGCUGUAUCGACCUGGGUGCACUCUUUAUUGCCAGCAGUGUGUUCAACACCUCCUCUGACUUUGCUAUACUUGUCAUUCCCAUUUUUGUGGUUUGGCGCUUGCAGAUAACAUUUGAGCGCAAGGUGUGGAUCUCUGUAGCCUUCACUGGAGCUUCGUUCGCCCCUGUUGCAGGCAUACUUCGAAUGGUAGUGACCAUACAGGGUGCUGCAAGUAGUGAUGCGACUUACACCAUGUUCUCGGUGUCGCUCUGGACUGAAGCCGAAAUUACCACGGGUAUCAUCUGCAGUUGUCUACCGGCACUGCCUGCACUAUAUCGUCGAUACGGCCCUCAGGUGCGCGCCAAAUUAUUUUGCAGCACAUCUUCAAGACAGAAAAGCACGACAACUUCGGCUUCUAAUUUCACCUUCCCUCGUACCAAGAUAGCCCUUCGAAACUAUGACGCAGGAGACCCGGAGCUGGCUUAUGGCGAUUAUUUGGAGCUGGGAACGACUCCUGACAGAAAAACAAUCGGUGGCUACGUGAGGGGGCCGAUUACCAAGAUCGAAGGUGGCGUUUACACAGAUCACCGCAGUGCAAAAGAAUCUGUGAGAAGCAGUACUGUGGUCGGAGAUGAUCCUAGCGCGGAGAGGGGCAUCAGAAAGACUGUGUCCGUCGAUCACCACGCCUCUUCCAGUGCAUAA